AUGACUAAAUUUCUUCAACUACAAGAUAUCCGACUGGAUAUAGGAAUUGAGGUUCAAGUCGGCUGCGAUGGUUACUGCAUAACGGUAGCACAAGUUUGUCCUUACCCUGGUAAACUAGAAUUUCCACCUAUAAAGCUAUCCCAUGAAGACAGACUUAUAAAACAUCUAUUACGUAUUUAUAAGUGGAGGGGGAAAUAUGGUCGCCCUGUCAAACAAUAUAAUGAUACGGUUAAAGUACGUUUUAAUAUGCAGCUUAUACAAAUCAUGGAUUUGGACGAGAAAAAUCAAAUCUUAACGUUAAACGUGUGGGAUAGAUAUAGUUGGGAGGAUAUAUAUUUGAGAUGGGAUCCUAAAGACUGGGGAGGAGUUAGUUCUGUCAGAAUUGCUUCGGAAAAAUUAUGGACGCCUGAUAUCAAAUUAUACAACUAUGCAGAUCCACGUUUAGAGGAACACCGAGAAGCCCUGUGUGUUGUAGACAGUACGGGGGUGAUAUUGUGGAUGCCCCAAGCUGUAUAUAGAAGUUCAUGUUAUAUCGAUGUUGCUGCCUUCCCAUUUGACGUUCAGAAGUGUCAUUUAAAAUUUGGAUCUUGGACGUAUGAUGGUACAAAAGUUGAUUUAGAAGUAUUAAAUAAUGCGACUGAAAUAGAUUUAACAGAAUAUGUGCCAAGUAAUUCUUGGACAAUCUUAAAAUCACCAGCAGUGAAAAAUGUUAAGUUAUAUACAUGUUGUCCGGAACCUUUCGUUGAUCUUACAUUUACCUUAGUUUUUCAACGGCGGUCUACAUUUUAUAAUUAUAUUCUCAUUUUGCCAUGUGUUUUACUCACGUCACUCACCUUAGUGUUAUUUUGGAUUCCACCUGAAUCACCAGCAAAAUUAAUGUUGGGUAUCAAUAUCUUUGUGGCAUUUUUCUUGCUAUUGUUACUAAUGGAGUCAAAUUUACCACCGGCGGCGGUUUCUGUACCUCUACUGGGCACGUAUUAUUGCCUUAAUAUGAUACUGAUUACAUUGUCAUCAUUUCUGAACGCCUUUGUUGUUAAUUUAUCAUUCUAUGGUGCCAGGAGGCCCGUACCCAUGUGCCUAAAAAAGGUUCUUUUCCAUUUCUUUGCAAAAAUAUUGUGUAUGGAUAAUUUGGUUCAACCUUAUAUAGAAGGUGGCAACCAUACAGCCCGUCUGUUAGCCGAUGGAACGAGAUUCUUGGGAAUUAACGGAGAUCAAAAGUGGAACAAAGAUUCAGCAUCGGGUGAUUUAUUAAUUCAUUUAAAACGAAGUCCAACGGACGAGCAAUCAGGUCAAUUAGCUCUUAUAAACUAUCAUUUAACAGAGUUAAUGGACUUUGUAAAAAGUUAUAGAGAACGUAUAUCAGAUAGAGACAGAAAAGAAAAAUUAGCUAAAGAAUGGAAGGCAAUUGGACUAAUCUUUGAUAGGAUAUUUUUUAUUAUAUAUAUUACCACAAUAGUAGUAUCAAUGGCGGUAUUAUUACCUAUUAUAACAUUAAAUAAAUAUGAAGGUAAUUUAUAG